AUGAGAGGUCUUGCGGUCCUCGCAUACGCGUCGCUCCUUCAGCUUGCAUGGCUCGUGCUCCUGGCGCAAGGGUUGAGCUGCCCAGCAGGCAGCGAACCCCUCCUCUCCUCGGAGUUGGUGCAGCUAGUCAAAGAGUGCAACCUGACGUCGCAGUCACCCUGCUCUCUGCAUUUCCCAGCUCUGACCUUGUCCGACACCUCCGAGCUCAACGUCUCCAUCUACAUUUCCCCGCAUAACGCCAGUGGUUACUUCCUCGCUGCCUCCUUUUCCAUGUUCGCCUUCACCGAGAAGCUGUCUCGCGACUACCUCGGGAGCAACUGCACUGAGUUUGACGUCUACACGUGGAUCACCAAGACUUCUGACAUUGCGCCCAACUCAGAGUUGAGCAUAAGGAUCAACGGGUCGAGCAGCAACACAAGCUCCUGCCCCUCCCUCCUUGCACGAGUUCAAGUCAGCUACACGCCUGCCUGCCGCCCCUGCGCCCAAGGGAGCUAUGCCGGCGUGAAUUCCUCAUCCUGCGAAGCUUGUCCUGCCCUAUCUACCUCCCCCGGCGGCAGUAUUGCGCUAGACAACUGUACCUGCCAGGCAGGAUACACGGGCAAAAACAUCAGCGACUGCCAGGGUUGCCCGGCAGGACAGUUCAAGGGCUUGAUGGGCUUCCAGGCCUGUGAUGACUGCCCCGUGGGAACCUACUCGCAGCUGGAGGGCAGCUCGGCGUGUACCAACUGCCCGAUGGGGAUGACGUCGGUGGGAGGCACCAGCAGCUGCAUCUGUGCUGGGGGUUACGUGUUUGAAGCUGCCUUCCGAUGCUUUCCUUGUCCAGCAGGCUCGUUCAAGAACGCGACGGGCAAUGGAACGUGCUCGGUCUGCGGGGACGGCACUUAUGCCUCCAGCAACGGGACGGUCGUCUGUCUCUCCUGCCCCAAGGGAUCGUACCGAGAGAAACCCCCCCAACUACACGGAGACGGACGCAGUGAACUGUCAGGACUGCUUCCCACACAGCUCGACGGCUGCAAUGGGGAGCUUAACGAUCGACUCUUGCAACCUGGCAUGACGACCUGUGCGCCGUGUGACCCCGGUUACUUCUCUCACAUUGCGAGCUCGGAGUGCACGGCCGACGUGGUGGACGUGCUGGUGGAAGUCUUCGUCUCGGGGGACGUGGACGCCUUCACGCUCGACCUCCAGAGCAACCUGACGCAGGUUCUCUCCUCCCUGUUCCUCCUCCCCCUCGACCUCGUUUACUUCGUCUCCUCGGCGCUGGUGGGGGGAACUCAGUCCAACAACCUGGUCGAGCAGGGCAACGUCACAGUCUCCAACGCCUCCAACGCCACUGAAUUGUCAAACUCGACCAACUCAUCCAACACCACAGAUUCCUUCAACUCCUCCGAUAUAUUGUCCACCCCUCCCUCCACAACCCCCUUGCCCUCUUCCUCCUCCUCUCCCGUCGUCAAGGCCACCUGGAGGGUCAUGGCAGCACGCAGCUUCUUCGCAUCGUUACUCCAGACCUUCGACCGCCAGCAGUUCCUGCGCGACUUCAACGCGUCUCAUGUCCUCAACAUCGUCUUCACCGAGCGGUGUGGAGCAGGCAGGCAGAGGAAUGCGACGGGCAGCUGCGAAGCUUGUCCUGUCGGCACCUUCAAGAACGCCUCCGACGACUCCCAGUGCUUUCCUUGCCGGUCUAACGCGAGCACAGCAGGAGAGGGGGUCAUACUAAGCACAGACUGCCUGUGCCUCCCCGGGUACAAGUUCGUGAGUUUCGACUCUCCCUGCGAGCCUUGCAGUCCGGGCUCCUACUCCAACACCCUUGCCAACCAGGAUUGCCAGCUCUGUGCUGCCAACACCUACAACAGCAAGCUGGCGUCUACCUCCUGCACCGCCUGCCCUCCGAGGUCUGUGUCAGGGGAGGGAAGCCCUUCCAUCUCCUCCUGCCUCUGUGUUCCUGGUUACCGUCCGGACUCGACAGCAAGCUCCUUCUCCUGCAGGAUGUGCCCCGUCAACACGUACAAGAACUUCACGGGCAACACAGAGUGCGUGUCCUGCCCGCCGCACUCCGUCUCUUCCAUGCGCACUGUCGACAUCAAGUACUGCCGGUGUGACUUCGGGUAUACAGGGCCCAACACCAACUGCACCCCCUGCCCUGCAGGAACUUACAAGGAGUAUCCGGGGCCAUACCGAUCCCUGAUCUCCAGGUGCAUACCAGGAUACGGCAGUAAUCUUUCCUCCACCUGCUCACUCUGCCCCAUCGGCACCUACAAGUUCUUCGUCGCUACCGUCGAAUGCCUCACGUGCCCUGGAAACUUCUCCACCCACCAGAUCGGUUCAACCUCGUGCGAGUGCUCACCUGGCUUCCAACUGGAGGGCGGCAACUGCACGCGCUGCCCUCAGGGUACUUGGAAGAACUACACUGGCAACGAGACUUGCUCCUCCUGCCCCCCUGACUCCUCCACCGUCCCUGGGGCUGUAGAGAUCACAGACUGUAUCUGUAACGCUGGCUACGAAUGGGUGGACAACGGAUGCAGUUUCUGUUCUUUCGGAAAGAUUCGGAAAGAUCUUUCCUGGUCCUCUUGCCAGCCCUGCCCUCCAGGACGCUCGUCCAAUGCGGACCGAACCGUCUGCACCUUCACCGGCUGCGCUCAGGGCGAGUGGUGGAAAAACUGCUCUGAGUACGAGAACGCCGCCUGCAUGCCUUGCACUUCCCUUCAGCCCUGCCCCAACGGCUUCUACUGGGACUCCUGCCAGGCAUGGGACGACGCGCAGUGCCGUCCAUGUACCAACAGCAAGCCUCUCAAUGCUCACUUCACUCGUCCUGGACUCCCUGCCGCCCCAACCUCCUGUCCCUCCUGGGCCUGCGACCAGGGAUACGAGGAGAUUGGAGGAGACUGUGUCGCCUGCCCUAGCGGCAAGUACAGCAACCGGGGACAGCCCUCGUGCUCUUCGUGUCCUGGGGAUACAGACUCUCUCCUCCCCGGUCAAGGUUUCUGUAGAGCUUGCAAGACAGGCUUCUACAUCGAGUCUUUCGGCAUGGACGGUCACGCUAUCUGCACCCCCUGCCCCGACAACUCAACCACAAGUCCCAACCAGAACAUCUACAGCUUCUCUACCUGCCAUUGCAGCAGAGGUUACAUGGGCUUCAGCUGGAAGUGCCAGCCAUGCCAGCCGGGCACAUACAAGCCCAACGUCACAGGGUCAACAGAUCUCCAGCUAUACUACAGCGGCUUCCAGCUGCUGGACCUCUGCGUCAAGUGCCCUCCCAUGACCUUCAACGACCUUCCGGGUCAGUCCAGCGCCUCCUCCUGCCUCCCCUGCCUCCCUGGCUCCACAGCUCCAGAGGGUUCAGCGAGCUGCUCCUGCCCAGCUGGGCAGUACGACACAGACCCAACCGGUCAGGCCUCUUGCCUGCCCUGCCCGUCAAACACCUUCAACGACCACGCUGGUCAGCUCGGCGUCAGCUCGUGCCUUCCCUGCCCGAACAACUCCUACUCCGCCGAGGGGCAGGUUGCCUGCUUCUGUAACUACGGUUACUUCUCGGCUGGUCAGUGCCUGGGUUGCCCAGCUGGGAAGUACAAGCAGGAUGUUGGGUGCUUCGACUGCCCAGCGUUCGCCACCUCCAACGAAGGGAGCGUGAGCUCGAGCCAGUGCUUCUGCCGGGGAGGAUACUACGGCUCGCCCUCCUCCUCCUGCCUGAUCUGCCCGCUCAAUACUACCUCGCUCCCCGGGGCAGCAGCCACACUCUCCGACUGCAUCUGUGAGGAGGGCUACUACGGCUCCAACACCGACUGCGUCCAGUGCCCCUUGUUGUCAAAAUCUCCGGCUGGCAGCACCGUCCUGUCAAGCUGCACGUGCGUCCCAGGAUCGGCCGGAGACCCCGGCAGGAACAUCAGCUGCAAGCUCUGCUCCGCGGUAGACCCCAACUCGUACAGCUGGGAGUCUUCCUUCAACUGCUCCUGCAACGCUGGAUACUACGGCUCCUUCGUCUUCGUGGAGGACAGAGUCCAGGUCAACUGCUCGCUCUGCCCACAAGGCACCUACAGCUCUACUCCAGCAGUCACCCACUGCACGUCAUGUCCCAGCAACAAGACUUCUCAGCUCGGUAGCACCAGCUUGAGCGCCUGCACCUGCCCCACAGGGACCGUGGAGGCCAGCGGCGAGUGCGUCGUGACCCAACGCCGGCUCUUGGCGUCCUCGGACGAGGUUUCCUGUCCUCCCAACUCCUCGCAGACGAUGUCGGGCUCCUGUCUCUGCGACCCGGGCCACUUCAGCAGCAGCGGAGCCCCGCCCUGCUCGCCCUGCAUGGAGGGGACGGUGACCAAGUUCGCGGGGUCAAGCAGCUGCGCCUCAUGCCCAGCUGGCUCGAUCUCCAUCCAAGACAGAACAAGCUGCGUGUGCCCGGUGGGACAAUACGGACAGGCCGGCUCCUGCGUUCGCUGCCCGUCAGGCAUGCUAGCGGUAGCAGGAAGCGACGAGGCGUCGGACUGCGAGUGUGAGGAAGGGUUCUACCUCCAUGAGGAGGAGGAGGCAUGCAGGCGUUGUCCGGAAGGGUCCAGCUCGAGGAGAGGAAGCGUCGGGCUCGGCGGCUGCGCUUGUGUCCGUGGCUACUUCGGGAGGCCAUGGGAGGGACGAGGCUGCUCAGCCUGCCCGGCGAACGCGUCCUCGGAGGAGAACUCGACGACGGCACAGGAGUGCUUCUGCUCAGCUGGCUUCUACGCAGGGGUGGGAGAGGAUCUGAGCUGCAGUCGCUGCCCUCCUCGCUCCUUCUCCCUACCUGGCAGUCGCUCGAUAUCCAACUGCAUGUGCGACGAGGGCUUCUACGGCAACCUCUCCGCACACCAGGACUGCUCCCCGUGCCCGGCCAACUCGCUGGCGGUCGGCAGUCGCCUCCUCCUUUCCGACUGCCUCUGCAUGGAGGGCUACUUCUCCGUCCCCAGCGGUCGCUGCCUCGCCUGCCCCGCCAACGCGCUCUCGAGCCUCGGCAGCCGCUCUAUCUUCGACUGCACGUGCAACGCCGGGUACUACGGUACCCCUGGAGUUCUCUCAUCCCCCCCGACCUGCAAGGCCUGCCCAGCUGGAAAGUACAGCUGGGGUCCAGUCCGGCUGACGGAGGACUCCUGCUUGUCCUGUCCUGCCCACUCGAUGUCGAACUCAAGCAGCCUUUCACGGGAGGACUGCAAGUGCGCUAGUGGGUACUGCAGGGGGGAGGGAGAGAGCUGGGAAUGUACACCCUGCUCCUGCCCUGCUGGACUCGACGGCAAGAUGUGCCUGCUGAGGGAGCUGUGA